AUGGGUUUAAUUGAAACUAAAAAGGAAGUGAUUGAUGAUUUUUUGAUUCGUCGGCUUUGGCCAAACUUGGAUUUUGACUAUUGUUAUUCUAGUUCGAAUGGUGCGUCUGGUGGCUUACUUUGUGUCUGGAAUUCUAGUUUAAUUUCUCCUACUAGAAUUCAGAAAAAGGAUAGAUGGAUCUCCUUGGACUUUAUUUGGUUUUCAAAACCAAUUAGAUACAUAUUGGUUUAUGCUCAUAGUUCUCCUUUUGAUAGAACUAAUCUCUGGUUGGAGUUGCUGCAGGAGAUAGAUCAGAAUGUUUUAUGCUUUUUAACAGGAGACUUCAAUGAAAUUUUAGACCCAUCUGAGAGAGCUUAUUGUUCUAGUUUUUCCGCUUCGAUGCUUGAUUUUGCAGACUUUAUUAAUAAGGCUGGGCUGUUGGAGGUGCCUCUGAAUGGCCGUUUUUUCACUUGGUACAACAGUAUUUCUAAAUCCAAGAUCGAUAGAUGUUUUGUUACUCCUUUGGUUCUUACAACUUGGCAGGAUCUUCAUCUUAAGGCAUUGGCUAGGUCCUUCUCGGAUCAUGUUCCAAUAUUUUUUUCGUCGGUUGGGAAAAUCAAUUGGGGUCCCCGUCCAUUUAGGUCGAUUAACGCUUGGUGGGAGCAUCCAAACUUUGUCUCUUUUAUUGAAUCUUCUUGGCAAUCUUUAGCUGUUUCUAACCCGAAUGGUUCUUUGGUUUUUAAAAUUCGAGAACUCAGGAAGCUUGUGAAGGAUUGGAAUAUCCGGAUUUUUGGAGAUUUAAAUAGUAAAGCAGCUGCGAUUCAACAUAAUAUUGAGGAAUUAGAAUCGGUAAUUGAUAACAGGGAGCUUUCGGAAGAUGAAUCUAUUUCUCUUUCAGCUCUUCAAGCAGAUCUUUAUGGUGUUACAAAACAACAAGAAUCUCUUUGGUUACAAAAGGCGAGAUUGAAUUGGAAUCUCCUAGGUGAUAAGAAUACUUCGUUCUUUCAUUUAGCUGCAAAUAUUCAUGCCAAGAAUAACUUAAUCUCUGAAAUCUAUAUCGAUAACAUUGGCUAUAACAGACCAGUUGAUAUCAAGCUUCAAAUCAGUAAAUAUUUCAGAUUUUAUUACAAGAAAAAACAGCAGAUUUCCUUUUGUCUUGAUCAGCUGCAGUUUAGACAGAUUCGGCAGGAAUCAUGCAACUCUUUGACGGCUUAUUUUGAGGAGGAGGAAGUGUUUAAUGCUCUUAAGAGUUGCGAUCCAAACAAGGCUCCGGGACCCGAUGGAUUUAACAUGUUCUUCUAUGGUAGAUCAUGGCAGAUUGUGAAGGAAGAUAUUAUGCAGAUUUUCAAUGAUUUCUGCUCUACGGGGCUGUUUCCGAAAGGGCUUAACACGGCUUUCUUAAUUUUGAUUCCGAAAGUAAAAGGAGCUAGUAACAUUAAAGAUUUUCGUCCAAUAAGUCUUAUAAAUGGUAUCUUCAAGCUUCUAUCAAAGGUUCUAGCAAACAGGUUAGCUCCAUGUUUACCUGAUAUCAUCUCCGAAAAUCAGUUUGGUUUCAUCAAGGGUCGAAGUAUUCAUGAAUGCCACUCUAUUGCUUCUGAAAUCAUCAACCUAUCUUCCAGGCGGAAAGAACAGAAUUUUCUUAUUAAGCUAGAUUUCCAAAAGGCUUUUGAUAGCAUCUCGUGGUCUUUUAUUAUGGGUGUUCUACGGCAAAUGAAAUUCAGCAGUCUAUGGGUUGAUUGGAUUUCAUCUCUUUUGAGUACUUCUCAACUUUCGGUCCUCAUUAAUGGUAGUCCUUCAGAGAAUUUUUAUAUGGAAAGGGGUGUUCGUCAAGGAGAUCCUCUAUCUCCAAUGCUUUUCGUGAUAGCAGCGGAGGGAUUUAAAAUCUUGAUUGAUAAGGCGAAGGAUUUGGGUCUUAUUCAGGGCAUUAGAAUUGAAGAUUAUCAUGAGUCUUUAUCUAUCCUGCAGUUCGCGGACGACACUCUCUUAUUCAUUCCAAACAAUAUGGAAAUGAUUAAGAAUUUGCUCCGUAUUCUUCGGUGUUUUGAGCUUAUCUCUGGUUUACGUAUUAAUUUUAAAAAGAGCUCCAUUAUUGGUUUAAAUGUGCAGGAAGCUGAUUUAACUGCAGCUGCCAACAUCCUGAACUGCAAAACGGAGAAACUGCCGAUUGAUUAUUUGGGUAUGCCGCUCUCUAAGAAUGUCCUUAAGAUAUCUCAUUUUGACCACUUGAAACAUAAUUUUAUGCAUCAUCUUGCCCUUUGGAAAGGUAAUCUUCUAUCGCCGGCGGGUCGUUUGGUUUUGAUUAAAUCAGUUCUCGCAAGUUUACAUGUCUACUCAAUGUGUAAUUUGGCGAUUCCUUUUUCUGUUAUUGCUUAUUUGGAGAGUAAUAUGCGUAUGUUCCUGUGGUCUGGUUCAGCUAAUGGUAGGGGGUUGUGCAAAGUAGCUUGGGAUACAGUUUGUCUUCCAACUCGUUAUGGAGGUCUAAACAUUCCGUCUCUGCACUUAAAAAAUCAAAGUCUGUUGUUGAAAUGGGUUUGGAAGUUAAUUUCUUGUGAUAAACAAUCUAUGUGGUUCUUAGUGGUUCGGGAUAGCUCUAGACUUAAUUCAUGGCAUGACAUUAUUAGCACAAAUAAUAAAAGUUUAUCGACAAUGUGGCGUGGUAUUCGGAAGAUUUGUGCAAAUAAUUCUGACAUUUGGAAUCUGUUUUGCGACAACGUUCGAUACAAGGUAGGGAAUGGAGAAGAUAUUAAAUUUUGGAAAGACAUUUGGUUUGAAGGUCAGGUGCUUCCAUUAUUUAAAAGUCAUUCUCAGCUCUAUAAUCUUUCCCUGAACCAAGAUGAUUAUUUGAAUAUUUUAGCAGAUAAUGAGGGCGGUAUUUCUGAGUUAAAAUGGAAGAGGAGAUUGCGGGUGGGAGAAGCUCACUGCUGGGAGAAUCUUCAGGGUAUGUUUGGGCAGAUCCGUAUCAUUUAUGAUCAGCCAGACCGUCCACUUUGGUGCAGCAAAGAAGUCAGAUUUAGCUCUUCAAGUUUCUGCUCCUUGAAUCUUGGCAGAAUUGACAGCAACGUCAGUUUUCUGGUGUGUGUUUGGAAUAAAAAAAUCCCGCCGCGUAUACAGUUCUUCACUUGGCUAUUAUAUAGAGAGCGUCUAUCUUCGAAUUGGUUCCUUUUUCAGCGGGGUUUGCUUGCCGAAGACCAGCAAUUUUGUAGUUUGUGCACCGUAAGGGAGACGGGGCUUCAUAUAGUCCUACAUUGCAGCAAAGCAUGGGUUUUUUGGUGUAUAAUGCUUAGCCGUAUUCAGAUUUCAGGUUGGUCGGCUCCUCCGAGUAUUGAUGCCUUCUACUUUGAAUGGAUUUCUCUUGCAAAACCAAAGUUCAGAAAUUUGUGGGGAACUAUUUGGUUUAUUAGUGUUUGGGAGCUUUGGAAAGCGAGGAAUAAAAGAGUUUUCGCGGAUACAAGCACGAGUUACAAGGACUUGGUUUUUCUUUGUAUUUCUAAGGGUGUGAUUCAUUAUAGAUAUCACAAUCCAUCUUUUCCGUAUAGUGGUAAUGAUGUUUUUAGGAGUUUAGAUUUCAUUUUCCGGACAUAG